AUGCCGCUCGAAGACGCGGCGCUCGCGGAGGCGCUGCGACGCGCGACGCGCGACGACGGGCGCGGACGGCCGCUCGACGACGCGUUCUUGCGUCCGGUCGCGCGUGCGCCGGCGACGGAGGAGACGGCGGACGACGAGGCGCUGGCGCGCGCGCUGCAGGCGGAGGAGCUGGCGAACGCGCGCGAGACGGCGCGAGGGACGGAUGUCGACGGCGGCGCGCGCGCGCGCGCGACGUCCGCGCCCGCGACGGGCGCGUCGACGAGUGACGCGUGCGUCGGGUGCGGGGGCGCGCUCGGCGCGCUCGAGCGCGUGACGAGCGUGAGAGCGUUGGGCGGAUGUUGGCACGCGCGAUGUUUUCGCUGCGACGAUUGCGGAGAGCAGCUUCGGGGCGUGUUCGGCGGCGGGGGGGAGUACGUCGUGACCGGUAAACCGGGCGAGGAUCGUAGGUUAUUUCACGCGAGGUGCUAUCGGGAAAGACACCGGCCGACGUGUUGCGUGUGCGCGGCGUGUAUUCCGUCUCGCGACGGGUACAUACAUUUCGAGACGACGCCGUACUGGGGCGAGAUUUCGUGCGUAGAGCACGCCACGGACGGAACGAAUCGGUGCGAUGGAUGUAGGCGGUAUGAAAAGCGCGGCGGUGAGGAGUACAUCGCCGCACCCGAUGGCAGAACGCUGUGUUUAGAGUGCGUGCAAACCGUCGUCAUCGACACCAAGGACGCCGAACCGUUGUAUCGCGAUAUCCUCGACUUUUUCGGAACGUAUGGCUUGAGCGCGCUCGGUACCGGCGGGGAAUUGCCGCCACUAUAUCUUUGCACGCAGGACGUCAUCAAUCACGUCGACGAGGAAGAAAAAUGGCACCAAGGUCGCACCUCGCAGGUACGCGGUAUGUGCGUGUCGCACGUCGAAACGAUAUCCACCGUCUACCGACAACCGACUUGGAAACCAUCCAACGCGGGAUCAGUGUUCGACGUCUUCGGUCAGCUUGACAUGGUCGAACACCGCAUCCCUCGAUCGACGACGCAAAAAGUCACCGCCAUCAUCGUCCUGUCCUGUCUUCCUCGCGUGCUCUUCUCUUCGAUUCUGGCGCACGAGUGCAUGCACAUGUACCUCCGUUUGAACGGAUUUCCCACCCUCGAACCGAUCGUUGAAGAGGGUUUGUGUCAGCUGUUCGCCUUGCUUUGGAUCGAGCGUCAAAUGGCGUCCCAAAACGCCACCGCAUCCGACGCCGCGCUCGCCGCCUAUUGCUGCGAAGCCAUUCGAGAAGAUCCGAGCGAGAUUUACGGCGUCGGCGCUCGCCUCGCCAUCGACGCCUACGACGCCCACGGCCUCGUCCGCGUCCUCGAUUCCGUCAGACGCACGCGUAACUUCCCCAUUUCUUCGUAA